GACUCGUUCUCCGUUCAAACCAAUCCAAGGAGAAUCCUACCUCUCCUCUCUCUACCACUCCCUUCCCUCUGAUCCGCCCAACCCAAAAAAAAAAGCAAAGAUGGCGUUACAGAGGAAACUGUUGUUUGCUGCAGCACCGAAGCUGAGUGCAACCAAAUGGUUGUACGGCACGACGGAGCGCGGCUUCUCCUCCGCUUUGGUGCCGCCUGAGAUGCCGCCGUUUGACUACACUCCAACACCUUACAAGGGCCAGUCAGCAGAUGAGGUUUGGAGGAAGCGAAAGCAGUACUUGGGUCCUUCUCUGUUUCACUUCUACCAGAAACCUCUCAAUAUUGUUGAAGGGAAGAUGCAAUAUUUAUAUGAUGAGAAUGGGAAGCGUUAUCUUGAUGCUUUUGCUGGAAUAGUUACUGUGUCCUGUGGGCAUUGCCAUCCGGAUAUUCUUGAUGCAAUUAUUGAACAAAGCAAACUUCUUCAACAUGCCACAACUAUAUAUUUGCACCACGCGAUAGCUGAUUUUGCUGAGGCAUUGGCUUCUAAGAUGCCGGGAAACUUAAAGGUUGUAUACUUUGUAAAUUCAGGGACUGAAGCAAAUGAACUAGCAACACUCAUAGCAAGAUUGUAUACUGGCAACUCUGACAUGAUUGCCCUUAGAAAUUCUUAUCACGGCGGCAGCUCAAAUACCAUUGGGCUGACUGGUCUUAGCACGUGGAAGUACCCAAUUUCACAGGGGGACAUUCAUCAUGUUAUUAAUCCCAAUCCAUAUCGUGGAGUAUUUGGAUCUGAUGCCGAAAAAUAUGCAGAAGAUGUACAAGAUCACAUUAAUCAUGGUAGUUCAGGAAAUGUUGCUGGUUUUAUUGCUGAAACCAUUCAGGGAGUUGGGGGAGCAGUUGAGCUGGCUCCUGGAUACUUAAAACUGGUAUAUGAUAUUGUUCGUAAAGCUGGUGGUGUCUGCAUUGCUGAUGAAGUACAAACUGGGUUUGGUCGCACCGGAAGUCAUUACUGGGGAUUCGAGACCCAGGGUGUCAUACCUGACAUAGUUACCAUGGCCAAGGGUAUUGGAAAUGGGUUACCACUUGGAGCCGUUGUUACAACACCAGAAAUUGCUAGCGUACUGGCUCAAAGGAUUCAGUUCAACACUUUUGGUGGAAACCCUGUAUGCUCUGCUGGUGGACUUGCGGUGCUUAAAGUUAUCGAUAAGGAGCAACGUCAAAAGCAUUGUGCUGAGGUUGGGAACCAUUUGAUUGGUCGCCUCAGGGAUCUUCAACAAAGACAUGAUUUAAUUGGAGAUGUAAGAGGCAGAGGUUUAAUGGUGGGCAUAGAACUAGUGACUGAUAGAGAACACAAGACACCAGCAAAGGCAGAAACUGCAGUUCUAUUUGAAAAGCUCAGAGAACUUGGUAUACUUUGUGGUAAAGGUGGAUUACAUGGGAAUGUAUUUAGAAUAAAGCCACCAAUGUGUUUCACCAAGGAUGAUGCAGAUUUCCUUGUUGAUGCAUUGGACUACUCCAUCUCAAAGUUGUGAGUGACACAUUAAGUGCUAUCGCAAUGUACCAAGAAGGAGGUCAAUCAUGAACCAACCACAAAGAUGCCAGGAAAGGUGCAAGAAAGAGAAUGAUAGUGGAGACCAUCCUCAAAGGCAUUGAGAUGGAAGUGAUGCAUGGAGGUGCACUAUUUUUAUUUGAAUAAACAAUUUUUAUCAUGUGUUGAAUUUUGGGCUUUGACCCAUUUGUUGUAUUUUAUUUACUUUCUCCCUGAUUCAAAUUAUUUUACUCCUAUUUUAUUCCAAAACACAUCGAAUUGUUUGGUUUAAAUAAAUAUUUAAAUACUUG